UAAUUAUUGAUAUUUCUCGACCUGCUUGCUACCAACCAACGCAGAAAACCAUUCAUCAAUCAUCAUGAAUCACGCACAAGCAUCUGUCAGACGUCCACCCCAACCCCCUCUCAACUUUGCUGCACUGGCAGACCCCACGUCGGUCCUCCAGACCAGCAACGAGCUAUGUGAGAAUUUACAGCAGGUCGUGGGCAAGCUGGUAUCCACAGUCACCCCCGCAAAUGCGACAUUCAACAAUGUUCUCCGCCACCUUCUGCAGCACGAGAAUGAGAUGCAGCUUACUUCCAACCUCAUCACCAUGAUCGCUCUCGUCGCACCUGAUACGGCACUCAGAAACGCUGCGGCCGAGGCUUCGGACAAGAUUUCGCAUUGCAUGAUAGAUUGCAAAGCGAGCAAUACGGACUUGUUCCGUCUCCUAGACGCCGUGUACCAGAGGCAGAAAGAUGACCACACGCUCGACUCCGAGAGCCGCAAGGCCCUCGUGGAGGAGAGACGGAGUUAUGUCCGCAAAGGCAUGGACCUGGCAGGAGAAGGUGCUGGUGCUGAUGCUGGUGCUGGUGCCGGCGGUGGAGCCGGUUCUGGUUGCACGCCGGUCGGGGAUAUUGCUCGCAGGCUGCGAAGUAUUGAGUCAGAAUUUAUCAAGAACUUGGAUGAAAAGCCGCACUGCAUCUGGCUUACUCGCGCUGAACUCGCCGGCAUUCCUGAAGAUGCGCUUUCUGGACUUGAAACUGGGACUGGAGAGUUGGACGGCAAAUUAAGGCUGGAUUUGAAUGGCAUGCAAGCUCGAUGGAUGCUGACUGUGGCGAGCUCGCCAGCGACGAGACAAAAAAUCUAUUUGGAAUCAAGACGGGUGGCAAGAGAAAACGUCUCACUGUUCCAUGAAGCUAUCCGCCUGCGUCACCAAUCCGCACAGCUCUUAGGCUACCCAAGCCAUACAGCAUUCAAGGUGGAGGUCACGAUGGCCAAAACACCUGCAGUUGUGAUGGAUCUUCUAGACGGUGUUCGCGAUCUAGUCAUCCGACAGUUGCGGGGGGAUCUUGAAAAACUCCUGCAACUCAAAAAACGCGAUCCUGCUGCCCAGAGUCGACCAAAUGGCGACGUUAUACUCUGGUCUGACGUUCCCUAUUACAGUCGUAUUUACGAGGAACAGAACUACUCGGUGGACCAGGCCCAAAUCGCCGAAUACUUCCCCCUUUAUGAGACGGUCUCUAAGAUGCUGACCUUGUUCGGCAAUCUUUUUGGCUUCGUGUUCAUAGAGCUAACAAAGCGUGAGACCAACUCAAGCACUGAUCUGGUGGAGCAAGGUCUUAUCUGGCACCCAGACGUAAUGCUUUACAGUGUCUGGGACGACGAACAAGAGGGAGGGGAGUUGGCGGGAUAUCUAUAUCUCGACCUGCAUCCACGACCCGGAAAGUGCGGUGGCGCCCAGUGUCGCCCUCUGCAGCUAGGAUUCGAGCGUCCACGCGGACAACGGCAUUACCCAUCAACCGUGUUGCUGACCAACUUUACCAAGCCAACUUCAGGGAAUCCGUCCUUGCUACAACAUUCCGACGUGGUUUUGCUAUUCCACGAACUGGGACACGGCGUACAUGACCUCUCGGGCCGAUGCAAAUACUCGCGCUUCCACGGCGCAGAAACGGUCAUGGACUUUUCCGAGGCUCCAUCCCAGAUGCUGGAGAAUUGGUGUUGGGAUGCUACCGCCCUCAAACAUUUGUCGGGACACUACCAAACAGGGGAGACGUUGCCGGACGACGUGAUUGCCUCGCUGUUGCGCACUAGGGUCGUUCUUCCUGCUGUGAAGCUCAUGCCGCAGCUAAGGAUGACGCUCUUUGACACAGUGGUGCAUUCUACAGCCCCAUCAGCAGAACAAAUUGACGUGGGCGAGAUCUAUGCCGAGUGCGAUAACCUCGGCGGAAUCACGAGUGUUGGCGAUGAAUACGGCUACGCAACCUACAGGCACCUCUUCGCUGGUAGCGACGCAGGGAUGUACAGCUAUCUCUGGUCCAAAGUUCUCGCCAUGGACAUGUUUGAUACUGUCUUCAAAAAGGAUCCUCUGGAUGACAAAGCCGGAAGGCGCUAUAGGCAUAUGGUGCUUGAGAAAGGGGGUAGCCAAGAUGAGAUGGAGACGCUUGUCCAGUUUCUUGGUCGGAGGCCGACAUCUGAAGCAUUCUAUAAAUCACUGGGUCUGGAUUGAGUUCAAUACAUUUCCGUAUUUUUCCUGCGGCCCGGAUGGUCAAGACGGUUGACCAAAAUAGUCUGUAAUUACAGCGCAGUUCUAACUCAUGAAGCAGACAGUCAGUUUAUGUGGUGGGAAUAUGACGU